CGCUGUACACCGCUUCCGCAUUGACUGCACUCCUCUCUGUCGAUGCGGGAGAAUGAAUAACUCUAAAUGUGCCAUUACGCACAGACGACGGAGACCAACGCGCAUUAUACGAUGUAUAUACGUGGUGGGAUUCAUGGACCUCUUUGGGGUGAGUAUGAUUAUCCCUUUGCUGAGUCAUCAUGUGAAGUUUCUGGGAGCAAGUCCUACAGUGGCUGGGAUUGUAGGAUCUACUUAUGGUGUAUUACAACUUUUCUCUAGCACUUUGGUGGGAAGUUGGAGUGAUGUGGUAGGGAGGCGCUAUUCACUACUGACGUGCCUUUUGCUGAGUGCCUUUGGAUAUGGCCUGCUGGGUCUGUCCACCAGUAUUGCUCUCUUUGUGCUGGCCAGGAUACCAGUGGGGCUCUUCAAGCACUCGCUGUCUAUCUGCCGAGCGCUGCUGUCUGAUCUAGUGACGGAGAAAGAGCGUCCUCUAGUGAUGGGCCACUUCAAUGCCGCUUCAAGUGUGGGCUUCAUUCUGGGACCGGUGGUGGGUGGAUCUCUUACUGAACAUGAGGGGGGCUUCUACUUGUCCUCAUUCGUCUGUGCUGCCAUUUUCCUUCUAAAUGCAGGUUUGGUAUGGAUUCUACCAUGGAGUGAGACACUCAAUCACUGUAUCGAUGCAAAUGCUAAUGGUAAACCCAAAACCAGCAAAUCCUACGACAGCUUCAAUAAUUCAGUCCAGCGGAACUGCUCAGAUAAAAACCACUUCCGGCAUCCAGACACAUCAGCAGUCGGCAGUAGGGCACAUGGGGGCUGGAGCUGGACGGACUUGUCCAUCGUCCAGCCUGCCUGGAGACAAUUGACCUCAGUGUGGAUACGCAUCCAAAUGGUGGCAUCCUCAGACAUGUGGGACGUCUUCCUUGUGCGCCUUCUAAUGGCUCUAGCCAUAAUGCUGUACUACAGUAACUUCUCCUUAGCCAUGGAAGAGCGUUUUCUACUCAAACCUAAGAUCACAGGAUAUCUGAUAAGCUACAGCAGUAUGUUGGGAGCCUUUGCUGGGUUUUUGGUGGGCCCUGUUACAAACCUAUAUGGUAACAACAUGUCUGCUUUAUUAUUGCACUCUACUGUACUCACCUGCACUUUGAUCUUCCUAUAUGCAACUGCACCAAAUGUAUGGCAAGUUUUGCUUACCUCCACAUUUUUUGCCAUUUCUACCACAAUCGGACGCACUUGCAUCACCGAUUUGGAGCUUCAGCGUGGAGGAUCCCAAGCUAGUGGGACGUUAAUUGGAGCGGGACAGUCAGUCACAGCUGUGGGUAGGGUUUUGGCACCACUUCUUUCUGGAUUGGCUCAAGAAUUCAGCCCCUGUGGACCUCCUAGUUUGGGGGUCAUAUUGGCACUUUUAGCAGUGGGUUUGCUACUCAUGAGGACUCCUAAAUGGGACAGCAAGACUAAGGUUAAAGACAAGAGUCCCAAACAGUGAACAGCACUCAAAGUGAAAGAAAGACUAAGGACUGUGAUGGCAGCGGUCUUUUUUUUUCUCUCAGAUGAUGUGAAGUUUUGGAUCUGUAUACCAGCUACUAAAUGUCAAUGUAAGAUGUGCUAAAGAAGGUCUUAAAAGAGGAAUGUUUAUAUCAGAAUAUUUUAAAGCACCAGAUAUGGAACAUUCCUUGCUUCCUGGCCAAAUUUUAGACAAGUUGUCACUGAUAAAUUCUGAAGGACACUACUGAUUGACUUCCAAGUUUUUGGAGGGAGAAAUUUAUCAAGUACAAAUUUUACCUCACUGUGGCAUUGAGCCUUUUUAAACCACUAUUCAAAUGCUUCCUAAUUGUACAGUUACCCCAGAGUCUAGCAAUAAUGCUUGCUGUAAACCAGAGAUUUGAGAAAAUACUACGUACACUACCAUCACAAUAUUUGGGGUCAGUAUGAUUUUAAGUGAUAGUGUAGAUAUUUAUACUAUUACAGAAGAUUUCUGUUUCAUAUAAAUGCUGUUCUUUUGAACUUUCUAUUCAUGAAAGAGUUCUCUUUGGAGGGAGCAUGUGCUGCAUCAGAAGUGAUGACACUCUGGGGAAAAACUCUGCAUGAUUGCACCAAGAAGCACAUUUAAAAUCAGUCCAAUAGUGUUGGAGGACGUGGCACAUAUGCCAUCAUAACCAGGAAACUACCCUGUACCUAUGAACUACCCUGUGCCAAUAAAGCACACCCUGAACCAAGCAACAAAAGUCACAGCUGCAGCCCAAGAUAUCACCCUGCAGCCCAGACUGGUUGCUCACUGAAGGAAGCUAAGCAGGGCUGAGCCUGGUUAGUAUUUGGAUGGGAGGCCACAUGGAAGCCCCAAUCCAUUGGGAGUAUGCUAAACUGAGGUCCUGACUUUAGUCGUCAAACAUUCCAUGACACUUCUUGUAAAGAGUAGGGGUGUAACCCUGGUGUCCUGGCCAAAUUUCCUUACAAAUCUGCCCUUACCCAUAAUGGCUUCCCAGUCAUCUCCAUCCACUAAACUGGCUCUAUCAUGUCUCUCCUCUCCACGUGCAGCUGAUGUGUGGUGAGCACCCUGGCACCAUUUCUCUGGGGCUGCCGUCAAAUCAUCAAGAUGGAUGCUGCACACUGGUGGUGGUAUGGAGAGACCCUCUCAUGUAAUUGUAAAGUGCUUUGGGUGUAUGACAUUACACUAUAAAUAUAUUCAAGUGCAUUA